AUGUCUAGGAGAGCCCCGAACCCCGCUGCUGAGCGGGCGGCGCAAAACCAAGCUACCAUCAAGAGUCUCCUCAAGUUGGAGGCCAAUAAGGUCUGCUCUGAUUGUAAACGAAACAAGCAUCCUCGAUGGGCCAGCUGGAACCUUGGUGUCUUCAUCUGUAUCCGAUGUUCGGGCAUCCAUCGUGGCAUGGGCACCCACAUCAGCCGAGUCAAGUCCGUCGACCUCGAUUCUUGGACCGACGAACAACUCCAAAGCGUUUUGAGCUGGGGAAAUGCUCGCGCCAAUAAAUACUGGGAGGCCAAGCUUGCGCCAGGUCAUGCCCCCUCUGAAGCCAAGAUCGAGAACUUUAUCCGAACAAAGUACGAACUCAAGCGAUGGGUUAUGGACGGCCCCAUGCCCGAUCCUGCUACUCUAGAUGCUGAUGGCGACGACGAUGUACCCCUUAGCAUUGUAAAGGAGAAGCAAGUCAUAGAGCGCAAGGAGUCCAUCAGAAAGGCAUCCCUAGGCAACUCACAAGCACCGAAAUCUAUCCCUGCACCUCAGGGAGAUCUUAUCGGCGGAGACCCUGUCCCUGUGCGAUCAAGCAGCGCUGCUCCUCAUGCGGCGAAGGUGGCUCCUAAGGCAGAGCCUGCUCCUCCGAGGGCAACAAGUACAAAGGACUCACUACUUGGACUCGACUUCUUUGGCGAGCCCGCGGCUCCUCCUCGACCGGCCAGCACAACUGGUACCGCUCCGAGCGGCCAGUCUCGUCCCGAUUUGAAACAAUCUAUCCUAUCUUUAUAUGCUACUGCGCCUAAACCUCAACCUCCCGCUCAACCUCAGCAACAGUCAUCAGCGGGAGGCUUUGGUGGCCUUGCCUCUCCCACUUUCAGCCACCAGUCUCAAGGCUCUGUUGGUGGCUUCAACGACGCCUUUGGUGGUCUCAGCAUCUCGAAUCCCCCUAAGCCCGCCGCUCCCGACCCUUUUGCCAGCCUCAGCUCUGCCAGUCGUACAACAUCAAGCAGCAAUGCCUUUGGUGGCCUAGGAGGAGGUAGCUUCUUCAACAACAAACCCUCCCAACCCGCUGCCCCUACCUACCAGCAGCAGUCUUCCAACUUCUCGAACUUCGGUGGCUUUUCCUCCCCACCGCCGGCUGCUUCUGCUGCUCCUGUCCCGCCCAAGCCCGCUCAAUCCUCCGCUAUGGGUGACCUCUUUGAUCUUUCCGCACCUGUGACCACAUCGCCUCCUCCACCACAACCCGCAGUUGCUUCUACCAACUCCGUCUUCAACCUCUCUUCUCCCCAAAGCCCUCCUGCCGCCGCGCCAACCAGUACGACGACAACUGCUAACGCAGCCGGUUCUAUGGGUGGUUUCUCUGGUGCUGAUGUUUGGGGCGGAAGUGAUUGGGGAGCCCCUGCAGCCCCUGCAGCCCCUGCAGCCCCUGCACCAGCUCCCAUCCAGAAAGCCCCUGAACCACCAAAGCCCGCGGCGAGCGAUUUUGGUUGGGGCAACACGGGAGGAGCCUUUGCCAACACACCCAUCGUCCCUGGGGCAUCAGGAGGCUUCAAUCCUAUUGCAUCGCCCAAGGUUUCGGCGGAUGAGGAGUUCGGAGGAUGGACAAGCAGUGGACCUGCUGCUGGUGGCAGUGGCGGCCAAACCAAGCCAAGCGGUGGCUUUGGCGGAGAUGAAGACUUGUUCUCGAACGUGUGGCAGUAG